AUGCAUAUAGUGGUGAGCGAUUUUGACGAAACCAUAACCAAAAAGGAUACAAUUUCGGCCCUUGCUGAACUUCCUUAUCUAUACAAGUCAUUCCCUAUCCCAUGGUCUCAUUUCAUUGAUACUUAUCUGCAAGGGUUUCAAAAAUUUGAGACGCCUGCGCGGGAUCUUCCAAUUCUCCAUGCAUGGAUUAAGGACCAAAACCAACUUAUCACAGAUGCAAAUUUCGAGCAAAUGUUCAGCUCAGAGAUCGCCUAUCAGAAGGCACUUCGACCCAUAGAGCUUAACAGUGUCAAUGAACUUGAAAGCAAAUCCGCUUUUUCCGGCAUUACACAAGGACAGGUAAAGGAGUUCGCACAAAGUAAGACAUCGCUACUGCGUGAUGAUUUUCUCGCAGCUUGGAAAAGUGCCUCCGAACUUCAUAUCCUAUCGGUAAACUGGUCAAGAGAUUUUAUUGAAGCGGUGCUAUACGCCGCCGCUUCCAAAUGGUCUUUGAUGAGUGUGGUCCCCACGAUUCAAACUACUUGCAACAAUCUUGCGGCGCAGAAUGGCAACCUCACGGGUCAAUUCGAAAAGUCCAUUGUGACCGGGUACGACAAGGUUGAGAAGCUUGAAACCAUAGUGAAAACUUCAGAAUCUGACAGCACGAUAUGGUAUAUAGGAGACAGUGAGACCGAUUUGCUAUCCAUUCUUUAUCCUAGCGUUAAUGGUGUCCUUCUGCUGGACCCUAAAGAGAGCCUCAAGAAGUUUCAAAAGAUUUCAUCACUUUUGGGAUUGGAUUCUACAGAUUUCAAAGAGUACUUGACAAACCCAAAAUGUGAUACGCUAAAGAUAUCUUGCAAGAAAACCGGUGCUUUCUAUUUUGUCAAGACUUGGAAGGCUUUAACAAAAAUGUUACGUUGA